AUGUCUUCAGGAUCAUUUCCUACACUUUCUGCCUCCCUCCUCGUCUAUGUAAAGCUCAUGAAGGCUGUCGACGAAUUCAUGGAUUCCGAUACUGCGAGAAAACAUGCGAGUGUGUAUGCAGGACUUGAAGCAUGCAAGAAAAAACUCGAAAAAUAUUAUGACAAGUCUACAUCAGAGUCGGAGUAUUACUAUGCGGCUGCCGUACUUGACCCCCGAAUCAAGCAUAACCUGUUCGACGCCAACCCUGACUUCUUUACAAUGAUGUGGCGGCAGCACAUGGAUAACAACUUCAAGGUGCGACUUGAGCAAUACACGACAUCACUCCCCUCGGCAUCGUCUACUUCACCAACACCGUCGCACUCAACCUCGACAUCUCUCAAUGACUUGUACAAUGAUUUCUCACUCUUGGGCCACCCUCCAUCUACAUACGAUGCCGUCGAGUCCGUCAGCGAGGAAUAUGCUCGUUACCUGAGUUUUCGGCCCCAACUCGGCGAGGACUCUCUCACCUUUCAUAGAAAAAAUUGCACAAGUUUCCCGAGAAUAGCUGCAUAUGCACGGGACAUCCUUGCAAUACCAGGUAUGUAUCAACCAUGA